AUGACUGGGACUUCUGCUGUCCAGCCACCAUUGAUGUUGCCGCGUGUUAGCAUGCAGGCUCAUGGAGCUAGACUGGCUGGGAACCAGUCAGGGGAAUCAACAGACGAAAGUGCUCAUAGAUUGAGCAAAAAUGUCCAGACUAGAGUCUCAGUUCAAACACGCGAAAUUCUUGGAUCCAUCACUCCGACUGCUGAGCUGCUAUCACCAUCUUGGCAUACCAAUUCGAAUGUCCCUGUCCCAGCGCCUACACAAAUAGAGUCUAUUUCCCAUUCCAAUACUUUGGGGGGGACAAUUCCUCGCUUGCAGAAGGACAAAAGAAACCUGAAAAAGGUUGCUCAACGGGCAAAAGCGAAAGUCCAAGCACUUCAAGCUGAAAUCAAAGCAAUUAAAGCAACAACGAUGAGGGAUAUGAAGAGAUUGGAUCUGUGCCUGAAUUUAGAAAGGGAAAUGUCAAUAAUUUUGGAAUCAAAACUUACCAAGUUGAGGAAAUCUUCAAUGCGGCAGCAGAGGAAAUCAUAUGCUCUCCAACAACAAAAUGGCAGGCUCCAAUCGAGGCUCAAGAACAGCCUCAACCCAAUCAAAUGUCAUAGGAAGCUUGCCCUGAAGUACGGCAGCAUCUAUUCAUUUAAGGCCCGAUCUCUGGUCUGCCAUCUCUGUUGCCUUAAUAUCCCUGAUGUGACUAUUGGAAAGGUCAUCAAAGAAUGUUCUGUGUUCUUUGGAAUCACUCUGAAUAGUGUUCCAAGUGCACGGACAUGCAGUCGGAUCAUGAUAGAAGCAGGGAUAGCGGCAGGAGCUCAGAUAGUGGAAGUUGCACAGAAGGCAAAGGGUAAAUUGAGCAACUUUCACUUGCCACUGACUAGUGUGGCAAGAUUUUAA